CCCGUCCCCUGUGCUGUGUUUCCGAAAACGACAGCGUUAGAUAAUAAAUUAUAAAUAUAGAGGAUCGCAGCCUCGUCCUUUUGACUCUGCCUAACAUCUUUCGUUUCUUCACGCUGAAAAUAUCUUGUUUUCUUUUUUCCCUGCGAGGGAGGGAGGGAGAUGAAGUGUUUUCAUUUCACAAAUGGGGAGCGGAGGGAGGACGAGGACGGCAUUGUUUCCAGAGUGUCCAAGGUGUCAUGGGCGAGGUCAUUAAGCGUGGCGUCAAGCAGCAUGGACGCCACGAGGCGCUCCGAGUUUGAUUCUUUUUCGAGAGAAGUAUCGGACUCGGGCGCCGGGUUUUAUGAGUUCUUGACUCAGCGGCGAGCAAACGAUCUCCGCGUCUUUACCUUCGCAGAGCUCAAAUCCGCUACUAGAGGGUUCAGCAGAGCUUUGUUGAUCGGGGGAGGAGGGUUUGGUUGCGUGUACAGAGGCGUUGUUAGGGUCCCCGACGGCGGUCGUGACUUGAAGAUCGACGUUGCCAUUAAGCAGUUGAAUCGUCACGGUUUCCAGGGGCACAAGGAAUGGAUCAAUGAAGUGAACUUUCUGGGUGUCGUCAAGCACCCAAAUCUUGUGAAGUUAGUGGGAUAUUGUGCAGAAGAUGAUGAAAGAGGCAUUCAACGUCUUUUGGUCUAUGAGCUUAUGCAUAACAGAAGUUUGGAGGACCUUCUAUUGGGUCGAGUGCCAUAUCCUCUUCCAUGGCUGACAAGAUUGAAAAUUGCUCAAGAUGCAGCCCGUGGUUUGGCAUACCUCCAUGAAGAAAUGGAUUUUCAGUUAAUAUUUCGAGAUUUCAAAACCUCAAACAUUCUGCUUGAUGAGGACUUCAAUUCCAAGCUUUCAGAUUUCGGGCUUGCUAGGCUGGGACCUCCUGAAGGACUUGGCUAUGUUUCAACAACAGUUGUGGGCACAGUAGGCUAUGCAGCUCCGGAGUAUGUUCAAACUGGUAGAUUGACUGCAAAGAGCGAUGUUUGGAGCUUCGGUGUUGUGUUGUAUGAGCUCAUCACAGGAAGGCGAGCUCUGGAGAGGAACCUCCCUCGAGUAGAACAGAAGCUGUUGGACUGGGUGAGACCUUAUGUGUCAGACUCAAAGAAAUUCCACCUUAUUGUAGACCCCCGCCUUGAAGGACGGUAUUGCAUUGAAUCAGCUCAAAAAUUAGCAGCCCUUGCGAACAGGUGUCUAAUGAAGCAGCCAAAGUCGCGACCUAAAAUGAGUGAGGUGGUUGAGAUAUUGGGGGGCAUAAUUUGCGAGGCAUCCCAAGAUGAUUGUACCUCUCAAACUGGCAGCGGAAAUGAUGAAGUGAAGGAAGAAAACACAGCGGAGACUGACAUAGGGUCCACCAAGCAAGGGAAUAAAAGUCGGAGAACAGUUUUUAAUAUAAAAGAAAUUGUGAACUUAAGGAACAGAUCCAUUGGCAAGUUAGAUUGGAGAAAUUGGACACCAGGGUUGGUUAGAACCUGGUGACGAGCCUGAUCGAUUGGAGGGCAUUUGAUUUUCCUUUAAAUUCUUUUUUUGCUUUGCAUAUAGUUGUAAAUAUAAAAUGUGGAGGAAGCUGCAACUUGAGGCGCAAGCUCCCCACAAAUACACAUUUGUGGUAAGAUCUCAACUGUAAUAUGUAUUUUACUUGUACAGUGACCGCAGAAGAUGGCUUUUCGCUACCGAUCAGAGGUGAUGCCAGUUCUUAUU